AUGCUCACUUUACAAUCAUCGUUUUGCCGCUUCAAUCUUGUCGGACGUUCGAGAAGCAAACUCGAAAAAUACUUCAGUUUCCAAGACAUGAGCCUGGAAACAGCCAAGAAAUUGGCUGCCACUUCGGCCGUCGACGACAACGUCAAGAGUGGCUUCGCCGUCGGCAUCGGGAGCGGGAGCACCGUAGUCUACGCAGUACAGCGACUGGCUGAACUAAUAGAAGCGAAGCAGCUGGAGAAUAUCAAAUGCGUCCCGAGCUCGUUCCAAUCCCUGCAGUUGAUACGGAAGCACCACCUGCGUCUCACGGAUCUCGAAGAAACUCCUGAUCUCGAUGUUGCAAUCGAUGGUGCUGACGAAGUUGAUGCCGUUCUCACAUGCAUCAAAGGCGGCGGUGGAUGCCUCACGCAGGAGAAAAUCGUCGCUGCUUCCGCGAAAAAUUUCGUCGUGAUCGCGGACUACUCCAAACGAUCUGAAUGUUUGGGUGAAACAUGGAAGAAAGGAAUCCCAGUUGAAGUUAUACCGAUGGCGUACGUGCCCGUCACAAAAAAGAUCGAACACCUCCUCGGGGUCAAACCUGUCCUGAGGCAAGCCGUGGCCAAAGCCGGACCCGUGGUGACAGACAAUGGGAACUUCAUCCUGGAUUGUCCCUUCGUUCCGGGGAAAUUGCUUGACACUUACGCAACAAACAUCAGUAUAAAAAUGAUUCCUGGCGUCGUUGAAACAGGGCUCUUCGUCAGAAUGGCUCAGAAGGCCUACUUCGGACUGGCGGACGGCUCUACCAAGUCCUUGGAGAGCUCGGAACUUUGAAGUUGACCCGGAAGGUAAGGUCGGGAUCUCGUGACAGUUACCUUGUCCAUUGCCUUGGAGCAGGCUCGAACUCUCGUGAAUAAGAAUCGGUGAGCGAAAAUAAUAAAGGUCGCACAUGUGCGUUCAUCGAGGAAGAAAAA